ACGGAGAAUGGGGAAAGGAAAGUUGCAGAGCACCCAAGCUUGCUAGCGUCUCUGGCGUUGAGAUUCAAGAGCUUCAAUGUUGGCGGCCAAUUAAUUUCCAGCUUCAAAUCUAAUACCCACUUCCAUCCAUUUUCACACUGAAGUUCAGCACCCUCCUCCUCAAUUCCUCCCCCACUUCAGCAAAAUGUGAUGCGUCGAUGAUUUGAUUUUGAAACAGUUCAUGGGGUCUAUAAGCUUGAAGACAUGGAUCAUGAAGUUUCCACCCAUUUUACCUUCUGAUUUUCGCAUCAUAGCUCUCAAAAAGAGCAUUGUUCCGCCUUUUUAAACGUUGGAAGGUUACGUUUUCCAUAUAGGAAGCUUGAAACCUCGUAGUUUGUAGGCACAGGGGGCAGGGGAAGCAAUGGCUUUACAAAUGAGCUGUCAGAACAACAGGCAGAAGCAUGUCGAUUUGAGUGAUGGUGGAGGAGAAAAAUGGGUCAAAUAUUAUUCUUCACAUCAUCAAAUACUGUUGGUGGGUGAGGGUGAUUUCUCCUUCUCCCUUUGCUUGGCUCAAUCCUUUGGUUCAGCUUUCAACAUCGUUGCUUCUUCCCUUGACACCUAUGAUCAAGUUGUGAGGAAGUACAAGAAGGCGAUGUCAAAUUUGAUUGCCUUAACAAACAUGGGAGCAUGUGUGUUGCAUGGAGUUGAUGCAACCCAAAUGAAAUUUCAUCCAUACUUGGAAAUGAGGAGAUUUGAUAGAAUUAUAUUCAACUUCCCUCAUGCAGGCUUUCAUGGCAAAGAAGACAACUUCUCCAUGAUUCAGAAACACAAGGACCUUGUACGUGGGUUCUUUAUGAAUGCAAGUAGCAUGCUGAGGUCCAAUGGUGAAAUUCAUGUUAAUCACAAGACCAACCCGCCAUUUGAUGCCUGGUGCAUACCGGAACUUGGGAUUCGAAGCUUUCUAUGGCCAAUUGGGUGUAUGGAAUUCAGGAAAGAAGAUUACCCGGGUUAUAAUAACAAGCGAGGUGACGGGACCAGGUGUGAUGAGCCUUUCCCCCUCGGUAAGUGCAGCACGUUCAAGUUUGCCUUGUUAACAAAAAAUGACUUCUACCCCACAAGCCAAACAAUUCUGAGUAAUCAUCACUACCCUCUGAUAAGCCUCAAUCCUCACUCACCACCGUCAGCAAUUAGUUGCAGAAAUGGACACCUUCCAAUGUUAGAAGGAGGAGGAGGCUACUUAAACGGUGGAAUAGGAAUUCUAGAAAGAGUUGGUCAUGUUGGUGGAACCAGUUGUGAUUUGCAGAGAUCAUUGCGGUCUGAAUCAACUGUGUUUGGGCAUCCACAAAUAGAUUAUGUUAUGGAUAUGGAUAUGAUUCUGGGAAAACAAGUUUCUGGUUAUGUUCAUGGAAUCAGUUCUGACUUACACAGAUCAUCACGACCUAAAUCAACUGAGUUUAGUUAUCCACCAACAGGACAUGUUAGAAAUAUGGAUACGAUAGGGGGAAGACACCUUCCAAUGUUAGAAGGAAGAGGAGGCUACUUAAACGGUGGAAUAGAUUUUCUGGGAAGAGCUGGUGAUGUUGGUGGAACUAGUUGUGAUUUGCAGAGAUCAUUGCGGUCUGAAUCAACUGUGUUUGGGCAUCCACAAACAGAUUAUGUUAUGAAUAUGGAUAUGAUUCUGGGGAAACAAGUUUCUGGUUAUGUUCAUGGAAUCAGUUCUGACUUACACAGAUCAUCACGACCUAAAUCAACUGAGUUUAGUUAUCCACCAACAGGACAUGUUAGAAAUAUGGAUAUGAUUGGGGGGGAGAUUUUUUUCUGAAUAUGUUCAUGGCAUUAGUUCUGACUUGCAGAGACGCUCAUGGCCUGAAUCCAGUAAUGUUGUGCAUCUUGGAACUGAUACCCUUAGGCCCUACUAUGCCGGUUGGUCCUAGAGUUGGAAAUGAAGCCUCUCAAUUUGUGGUUAUGGUUGCUCAACCUUUGUUUUGUGGCUUUGUUGGUUAUCUUUUAGGUUCUUUUGUUGGCCUGCAGCUACUAGCUGCACUGUGAAGCUGUGCAAUUUGAUGUUAACUUGGAUUUCUAAACUCUAAAGUACUUUGUGUUGAAUGAAAAGAAAGAAAUCAAAGGGCGAUGUGGGUCUUAUUUUUGGGUGGACCCAUAUGAACGAGG